UGUUUGAUUCGGCCAAGCGAAAAAGAAACAUGAGGUACCUCGUUCUAUUUUUUUCAUUUUUUUACGUGUUUUCUUCCGUAUCUGGUCAAUAUAAUUUAGAGAUUUUGGAAAAUUUCGAUGUUUUGAAGAAUUUGCUUUAUGAAAAUUUGCAGAAUUCUAAUGUUUCCGAUAUUUGUUUAAAACAAUGGGAAGAACUGCGCACCAAUGGUACUGAUGACAUGUGGCAAAUUAUUGACUCCACUUCGAAAUUUCCGUGGAGUGGUUUGUCCGUUAGUACAAUUGUUGAUUGGGGAAAUUACGAACAAUGCUUAAACGUUCAUCAUAAAUAUUCCGGAGGGGAUAUAAAAGGAAAAUAUUGCCCUUUCGGUUUUCUCCUACCUAUUAAUGGUGUUUAUUUAUUAUCUGUUUGUAUGCCAAAUGGUUGUACUUAUAGUGAUUAUAACGCUGCUAUAAAGCUACCUCUAUUUACUCAUUCACCAUGUCAUACCAGGGAUGAUUUGAAUGUAAUUUCCGGUGGAGAUAUUGUUUUUCUUGUUUUUAUUGCUGUAAUAUUCAUAAUAAUAGCUGCAUCAACUGGUUAUGAUGUUUACAUUAAACACAAGCAAAUAAAAAGUGCUCACCCACUAUUUUUGGCAUUUUCCCUGUAUACUAACACGAGGAAACUUAUACAAACAUCGAAAAACCACACCGAACAAAUUCAAAUAUUUAACGGAAUUAAAACUAUCAGUAUGGCUUGGAUUAUAGCAGGUCAUACUACACAAUUACGUAUGGGAGAAAGUGUUCUUAACUCUAAAGCCGUAUAUCAGAAAUAUCAACAAUUGAGUACUUUUUACUUAACGUCAGCUCAUCUGGGAGUAGACGCGUUUUUUUAUAUGAGUGGAUUUUUGAUAGCUUUCGCUUAUAUGAAACAAAAAACGAAGCCAAUGGCGGUACAAAUAAAAUCUAUACCGCUUUUGAUAAUACAUAGAUAUUUACGAUUGACACCAGCUUACGCAAUGCUGUUUUUCUUUACCAUAACAGUGUUUAAAUUUUUGGGGGAAGGUCCUAUUUGGCCGUCAGUUUUAAAUAUUCUAAAGAGCCGUUGUCAAGAUCAUUAUUGGACAUACUUUACUUAUACGCAGAAUUACGCCAAUUAUAAAGAAAUGUGUAUUGCCCAUACUUGGUAUCUAUCUGUCGAUAUGCAAUUGUACAUUCUUAGCAUAUUAUUUUUAAUACCUCUAUCAGUUCUGUUGGCUAAAAAUGCAAAAAAUUUCAAAUUGGUUAUGAUUCUUUGUUUUUUGAUCAAUUUAUUUUGGACUUUAUUACCUUUAGCGACGAAAUUGAUUUGGACUAAUUAUAGAAAUGAUUACGAAACUCAUUCACAAGUAGUUACUUAUACAAUGGGCAUAACUAUGGGGAUUUUUAUGAGAGAGAGAAGAGAUAAGCCAUUUCUUUAUGGAAAAAUUUCAAAACCUCAGUUAUUUAAUUUAUUAAUGUGGUGUAUUAUAUUGCCCGUAAUGGCCGCCAAUGCUGUCCUCUACGAAGAAUAUAUUUUUACCGGAAAACAUACACAAACGGCGCAAACAUAUUUCAGUACUUUUUAUAAACCAAUAUGGUGUAUUAGUUUGAGCUGGAUGGUAUAUUCGUGUUACUACGGAUACGGGGGAAUAGUUGCAUGGAUUCUUAACAGACCAACGUUACAAAUUACGGCGAAACUUUCUUAUUGCAUGUACCUUUUACAUGUUCUCGUAGUUAUACAUGGAACAUUUACAUCAAAAUCGCGAAAUUACUUCAGCGAUUACACCAACUUUUUGAAUUGGUGCUCAUACUUUAUGAUAACUUUCAUAGUAGCUGUCAUAUGGACGUUGGCGUUUGAAUCGCCGAUGAUCACAAUUGAAAAAUUCGUUUUUGGCGGGGGAGCCCCGAAAAAACAAAACAAGACUAAAAAACAUAGUGUUUCAUCUAAACCUUCAUUCAAACAAGGUGCUACGAAAGCUAUCGACCAACCGACGGUGUGAAAAAAAUUUUUAUUUUAUUGGUUAACGAUGUUUUGUAAUUUAUUUAAUAAUAAAAUAAUUUAUAACAAA